AUGGCCGCUACAGCUACUAUCUCUUCUCUCCCUCCGGCGUCAGCUCCGACCUUUGGUAUCACCCCUGCUGCUUUGCCCCCACCUGGCCAACCUGAUAUUUCCUACCACCCAGAUUGGGACAAUUACCAAGCACGUGUAGCUUGCCGGGCCCAGACAGAGGAUCUUACUAAAUCCCUCCCCGAAGGCUUCCCUAAGGAGCUCAAGGGAGACCUCGUUUGGGACGGAGAGACUUGCCCAGAAGCCCUUACACACUGUAAAUCCUUCAACAUUUCCAAGGGCCAUAUCACACAAGAGACCUUCCCCCUCCCCACGCUACAUGACGAGUUGCGCCGUCUAUCUCGUGAAUUGCACUUCGGUCACGGCUUCUUCGUCCUUAGAGGUCUAGAUGUUGAUCGCUACACCCGCGAGGAGAAUAUCAUUAUAUACGCAGGAGUGUCUUUCCGCAUUGGCUCCAUAAGGGGACGCCAGGACGCUUGCUUCCAGGGCCAGCGUGCUGAUGUCGUUAUCGGACUCAUCAAGGACGUUCGAUCCGGCCUCGGCGAGUCUAGGGACAAGAGCAAGACCAAGAUCGGAACGCCUGCCUAUACUGCUGACAAACAGGCCUUCCAUACUGACUCGGGCGAUAUUGUUUCUCUGUUCGCUCUCUCCACAGCGGCGGAGGGAGGAGCUAGUCGUCUAGGCAGCACGUGGCGAGUGUAUAACCUCAUCGCCGCCACGCGCCCAGAUCUCAUUCACACUCUGAGUGAGCGCUGGGAUGUAGAGCUCUUCACAAAGGCAGUCAAUGACACUGAAAAAUUUAUGAGCCGCCCAUUAAUUCAUCAUUUGCCAGCCAGUGUUGAUGGCAAGACCCCCGACAGAAUCCUUCUCCAGUAUGGGCGUUGGUACUAUGUUGGCUUCGGAGACAUUCCACGUGGCAAGUAUCUGCCGCCUAUCACUGAGGCCCAGGCUGAGGCUCUCGACACCCUGCACUUUCUGGGUGAACGUUUCAACGUGUCGACCAAUUUUGAGAAGGGUGACAUGCAGUAUGUCAGCAAUGUGGCCAUUUUCCACGCCCGCGACGGUUUUACGGAUACCAAGGAUAAGCAGAGACAUUUGCUUCGGCUAUGGCUUCGUGACCCUGAAUAUGCAUGCGAGACUCCCACUGCGCUCGCCUCGAGAUGGGAGCGAGUCUACGGUGGUGUGACGCCUGAGUUACAGACAUUUCCCCUUGAGCCUCACACUCGUAGUGAAAGCACAGCGGUGACAAAAUGA